CUCCUUCGCACUAGGUUAGCGUGUGUCUGUGUGUGGCGGCUGCAGUAGCAGCACCAGCAGCAGCUCCCGCUCCAUACCUUGUCGUAGUUGGGAGGUGCGGAUGCAGCUGCCCAGCAGCAGGGGGGCGGAAAAUUCCCAGAAUGCUUGUGGCGGCCGGCCCCUGGUGGUGGUGGUGGUUGCAUCUGAGGUAGAAAGAAGAAUGACCCCAGCAUAGGGGUAGGCCCUUAAAAAAUAAAACUGAGGAAGAGGGCAGUCGUUUCUGAGGCCUUGUUUUGAGGGUAGAUAGAGAAACACUACCUACCCGCCUAAAGUAAAGCCUCCAUCUCAGCCCAGAGCCUUUAUGAAAAUUGGGGGGGGGGUUCCUCUCAUCGUCUGAACACCCGGGAGAGGGAUAAGGAGAUUCUUCGUUAUUUGGAUACCUGUCAGAGGGCUUUCUUCUUUUCCCAAAUCACAAUGAAGAGUGCCCGUGGUAGCUGCUCUUCCUUCCAGAGUGCCAGUGCCAAUGGUGUAGAUCUCAGUCUGACAGGGCUGCCCAUGCAAGUGCUUCCACGCCCUAGCAGCGCCUCUCCAGGCAAGCACAUUGCUCGCUCCAUCUCUGUCAUUACUGAAAACAAGCCCAAGAGGAAUCUGCUAGAAGAUGCAGGGUUUGGCACCUCCAGAGCUAUGAACAAUUUGCGAAGAUCCAACAGCACAACUCAGGUCAACCAACAUCUGAAUGGUGCCUGUAGCAGUGCAGAGCAGCAUGGAGACUUCCUGACUUUGUUUGAUAGCAGAUCAGGUGGAAGAAAGAAACUAGCAAGUCUGAGCAAAGUCUCCCCGGAAAAGAAAACGACAUGGAACAUCCUGGAUGAGCAGCCCAGAACCUUUCCUGCCCCAUCCAGCACUCGAGAGGCCCCCACAGGCAUGAGGAAGAAAGAAAUCUAUGUGCCACUUGCGGCCAACUUCACGGCGAAUAACAGGAGUAACAAAGGUGCCAUGGGCAACUGUGUCACCACCAUGGUACAUAACAACUACUCCACUGCAGACAAGGCCCCUGCACCAAAGAGUUCCAACCAAGCCACAACUUCCCUCAACAACAUUAUCAAAGCCACCUCCAAUGAAGACACAGAGAGUAGCAGCUAUAUGAAGUCCCAGAAGAACUUUUCUAGCAGCAAUAUCGUGCCUCGGAACAAUAAUAAUAGCAGUGGCAGUAACCCCCUCAGGAGGCAGGAAGUGUCAGAGGAGGAAGCUGAGCGGUUUAUUAACCAAGUCAACCUGGCUGCUGUGACUAUUCAACGCUGGUACAGAAGGCACUCACAGAGGCACAAGGAAGGCAUAGCCCAGCUUGGACACUUACUAGCUUCCAAAAGAGAGGAAAAGCAGCAGCAACUCUCAGAGGAGGGCAACGUUUUGGAUUUGCAGCGGAGGCGAGACGAAGAGAGGAGGAAGAUUCGAGAGGAGAAGGCACGUCUUGCCAGGCGAGCAGCCAUACAGGAGCUGCAGCAAAAAAGAGCCCAAAAAGCUUUAGAUACACAACGCUUGGUUGAGGAAGAGCUGGCAGCGAUGCAAGACAGCAAAAAAGCCAGAAGAAGAAAACCUGAGAAGGUUGGCUCUGUGAAAAACACCAGCCCUGCCAACAGUAUCAUCAAAGCCAACAAUGCAGAUGCCAGCUUCCACUUGGCAGCUACAGAUAUAGAAGAAAAUUCUGCUAUGGCAUGUCUGUCUGCCCCAGGACAAAACAAACUACCUGAAGAGCAGCCACAGGAUGUCAGCUCUGGAAAGAUGACCAAUGAAGACUUGGAGACUAUUAUCACAGCAGCCAGCAGGGCACAAUCCAAAGUGACCCUUAAUGAGCUACUGGACACAUUAAAGUUGCUGGAGGAGGAGCCAGAAUUGCCACCACAACCCAGGGCCUCCAAAGAGGAUAAAUAUGCUUGGAUAGAUGGGGAGGCUGACUCAAAUUCCCUGACUGCUGACAACCUGGAGAAGUUUGGGAAACUGAACUGCUCUCCGGGAGUCCCUGAGGAAGGCACGCUGCUCUCAGAAGCCAAACUUCAGAGCAUUAUUAGCUUCUUGGAUGAGAUGGAGAAAUCUGAGCAGGAGCGACCUAAGUCUGCUGCCUCUGCUUCACAGAGAGAGGGGCUCUUGUCAGAAGAAGAGCUAGCCCACCUGGAGCAGGCAUCAGCAGUUGCCACAGAGGUCACUAGCUCCAUCAUGCGGCUGAAGCUGGAAGUAGAAGAGAAGAAGAAAGCCAUCACGUUGCUACAGACAGCACUGGCACAGCAGCGGGAGCUGACUGUGCGGCAUGUCAAAGAGACAGAGAAGGAGCUGAGCCACCAACUGGCAUUGCAGAGGGAACAGUAUGAGGCAGCUAUCCAACGACACCUAGCCUUCAUUGACCAGCUGAUUGAUGAUAAGAAGGCCCUGAGUGAGAAAUGUGAAGAAGUGGUGACCGAAUUGAAGCAAGUGGAUCAGAAAUACACGAAGAAAAUUGCCCAGAUGCAGGAGCAGCAGGAGCUGGUUUGGCGCACUCUUGGCCCCCUUUGUGAGGAAAUUAAAAAGCUGAAGGAACUAAUGAGUGCCACAGAAAAGAUCCGUCGGGAGAAAUGGAUUGAUGAGAAAACUAAGAAGAUCAAAGAGAUCACUGUUAAAGGUCUGGAGCCUGAGAUCCAGAAACUUAUUGCUAAGCACAAGCUAGAGAUCAAAAAGCUGAAAGCCCUUCAUGAAGCUGAGCUACUUCAGUCAGAUGAGCGGGCAGCCCAGCGCUACAUACGCCAGACGGAGGAGCUGAGGGAGAUGCUGGAGCAUGAGAAGGAAGAGCAGGGGCAGCGGGAGAGAGAGCUGGCAAGGCAACGGUAUGAGAAGCAGCUGGAGCAAGAGGAACAGGCUCUGCAACAACAGAGGCGACGGUUGUACAGUGAGGUGGCUGAGGAGAAAGAGAGGCUCAACCAGCAGGCAGUCAGGCAGAGGGCUGAGCUGGAGGACCUGCGGCGGCAGCUGGAAGAGAACAGCUCUGUUGUCACCAAAGCUUUGAAGGAAGAAUAUAAGAAAGGCAAGGAGGAGCAGGAGCGACGCCAUCAGGCAGAGGUGCAGGCCUUGAAGGUGCAGCUGGAGAUGGAGAAGCAGGCCUGGGAGGCCAACUACCUGAAGAAGGAGGAGGCCUGGCUGCUCACUCGGGAGCGAGACCUGAGGGAAGAAGUGCGGAAAGAGAGGGACAAGGAGAUUGAUCUGGUCAUUCAGCGUCUAGAGGCCGACAUGUCCUCUGCGAAGGAAGAAUGUGAGAGAGCCGCAGAGAACAGAAUAAAGAGAGUGCGGGACAAAUAUGAAGCAGAGCUGCAAGAACUGGAACGAUCAGAACGCAAACUCCAAGAGCGCUGCAAUGAGAUGAAAGGGCGGCACUCAGAGGCAGAAGGCGAGAUUCUUCAUCUACGGGGUCUGUUGCGGCAGAAAGAACAGGAGGCAGAGGAUAUCCGAAAGGUAAGGGAUCAGCUAGCUCAGGAACGCAGUAGCCUCUCUGAGGUUAUCCGGCAGGAAUUUGCAGAUCGUCUGGUGAGCACAGAAGAGGAGAACAAGCGGCUCAAGACAGAAAUGGCUGAGCUUCGUGCCCGCCAACGCUUGGAACUGGACAGAGUGACGCGGGACAAAGAAGAGGAGCUGGAAGAAGUGCAUAAAAGAGUGAAGAUAGCAAUUGUGAAGAAAGAGGAGGCAGUGAACAGCCUUCGAAAACUGCAUGAGGCGGCUGUGAAGAGAGCAGACCACCUGGAGGCUCUUUUGGAGCAACAGCGUAAGCAGCUGCUAGGAGCCAAGUAGCAGCUGUGUCAGAACCAAGAGCCCUGCAAAGGCAAAGCCCGUGAUCAUGCACAGCAAAAGAAAGAUGCCUGUUGUGGUCAACAAGAGACUAAGAUAAAAUGAACACUAAUCUGUACGUGGGAUGGGGAGGGAUUCUCGUCUCCUCUCUUUUUUUUAAUUAUUUUUUUAAGUUGUUCCUUUACUUGUGCCUGAGAUAUGACCUUUGUGUUAUAUCCCAGUUCUUGCCAAUGUAUUUUAACAGUAAAUCCAGCUGAUUUGUAA